ACUUAAAACUCAAACAUGGACAUAGUUCUAGUGUCUCUACUGAUUUCUAUGUUCCCUAUUUUCAUCUUUUUCCUCCUAAAAAAAGGUCCUGAAAAACCCAUUCCGGGUCCUCCAACCCUUCCUUUGAUCGGUAACUUGCACCAACUUGUCCAUCCUUCACCGCACCGGGUGCUCAACGACUUAGCCGCCAAGUACGGUCCCAUCAUGCAGCUCAAGCUUGGGUUCGUAUCAACCAUUGUUGUGUCCUCAGCUGAAGUAGCUAGACAGAUCAUGAAGACUCACGACAUCGUCUUCUGUAACCGCCCUAAGCUCGUGGCUCUAGAGCUGAUGGCGAAUAACCACAACGACAUUGCCUUUGCUCCUUAUGGCUCUUACUGGAGACAACUCAAGAAGGUAUGCAUUCUUCACCUCGGGACAAAGAAGAGCUUGGCUUCAACCCGGUGUAUACGCGAACAAGAGGUGAAAUCGCUUGUUGAAACAAUAAGUAAAAGUUCUGAACCAAUAACCUUGGCCGAAAUGCUGUUCACUAUGAAUCACAACAUCAUCACUCGGAUUACAUUCGAUGAUAAGUUUGACAGCGCAUUGAAGUUCCACUCACUGAUUAGGGAAGGGGCGGUUUUGGCGGUCGGGUUUCAGAUUGGUGACUUCUUUCCUUCACUCGGGUUUAUUGCUAAACUCACUGGAAUGAAUAACAGGUUGAAAAAGUGCAUUGCGGGCGCCCGCAGCAUCAUGGAACAAAACAUACAACACCACAUUGACCAACGUAAGCUAAAGAAGCCGCAACAUAAUCAACGUGAGUGUCUUAUUGACGUUCUCCUCGGGCUACAGGAUGCGGGUCAUGACAUCGACCAGCCGUUUACCACCGAGAACAUCAAGUCUGUCCUCUUGGACGUGAUCACGGGUGGAACUGAUAAUUCAACGGAUAUAGUUGAGUGGGCGAUGGUAGAGAUGUUAAGAAACCCGAGCGUGAUGAAAAAAGCUCAAACCGAGAUCAGACAGGUGAUCGGUGAAAAAGCGAACCCUAUCGUGGAAGAGACUGAUCUUCCAAAACUGACUUACAUGAAAAUGGUAGUUAAGGAGACCCUAAGAGUCCACCCUCCGGUUCCUCUUUUGCUCCCACGAGAGUCUAGGGAACGAUGCAUGAUCGACGGCUAUGAUAUGCCUUCACAAACCCGAGUUAUUAUCAACUACUGGGCCAUAGCCCGGGAUCCUGCCAGCUGGAAGGAUCCAAAUGUGUUUAUUCCUGAGAGGUUCCAAGAUGAACUCCGGGAUUACAAAGGACACGACUUUGACUAUAUUCCUUUUGGGGCGGGUCGCCGUAUUUGUCCCGGAAUGGAGUUUGGAAUGGUGAACUCCGAGCUUUCACUGGCUUCUUUGCUUUACCAUUUUGAUUGGAAGCUAGCUGAUGGGGAGAAUCCAAAAGAUUUAGAUAUGAGCGAGACGUAUGGAGUCACAUGUUACAAGACUUGUAGUCUACGACUUGUUCCUAGCCUACGCUUCCCUAUAUCAACUUAGAAGUUUCAGUUAUUUGGUUAUCGUGUUUUAAUAAUAAAAUACCGUCUCCAGUGUAAGAUUAAAUAAGUGACCGGUUCAUAUUAAUGUACCAGUCACUGGUGAUUUGUGUCAUGUUGUAUUUGCAGGAUUAUUUUUAAGUGUGAUGAACGUUGAUUAUGUAAGUUAUCUUAUUUCA